GCAUUGCGGGGCGGAAGCGGCGGCGGUUGGGGCCGGGCCGGUCAUGAAGCUAUGGCGGGGCCCGCUGAGGGCGGCCCUGGUGCUGCUGCCGCUCCUUACGCCUGCGAGUGCCGUGGAGCCCAUCAGCCUGGGGCUGGCGAUCGCGGGCGCUGCCGCCUCGGCCCUUACCGGCUUCAUCUCCUACCCGCGGCUCUACUGCUACUUCAGGGAGUGCUGCCUCCAGAAGCACGACCAGCGCGCCGCCGCCGCUCUGCAGGAGAACCUGGACAAGAAGCUGUUCGGGCAGCACCUGGUGAGCAAGGUGAUUGUGAAGGCCGUGAAGGGCUUCUUGAACAACAGCAAUGCCAAAAAGCCUCUUGCCCUUUCCUUGCACGGGUGGACCGGCACGGGGAAGAACUUUGUCAGUAAGAUAGUCGCCGAAAGCAUUUAUAAACGAGGCCUGCAGAGCAAAUACGUCCAUCAGUUCGUGGCAACUUUACACUUCCCUCAUGCUCACAGCAUCAAUCUCUACAAGGACCAGUUGCAGUCGUGGAUUCGGGGAAAUGUGAGCAUCUGUCCUAGAUCACUCUUCAUAUUUGAUGAAAUGGAUAAAAUGCAUGCAGGACUCAUUGACUCCAUCAAGCCAUUCCUGGACUACUAUGAGCUUUUGGAUGGGGUGUCUUACCGGCAAGCCAUCUUCAUAUUCCUCAGCAAUGCAGGAGCUGAAAAGAUAACAGAGGUGGCACUAGAUUUCUGGAGAAAUGGGAGGACAAGGGAAGAUAUACAGCUCUCAGAUAUCCAGAAUGCGCUGUCUGUGUCUGUCUUCAAUAACAAAAAUAGUGGAUUUUGGCACAGCACCUUGAUUGAUAGAAAUCUCAUUGACUACUUUGUUCCCUUCCUGCCUCUGGAAUACAAACAUGUGAAAAUGUGUAUCAGGGUUGAGAUUAAAUCCCGUGGCUAUGCUGUGGAUGAAGACAUCCUAAGCAGAAUAGCGGACGAGAUGACCUACUUCCCCAGAGAGGAGAGAAUUUACUCGGAUAAAGGCUGUAAAACUGUGGAUGCCAAGCUGGAUUAUUACUAUGACUUCUAACACUUUGUUGUUGCAACCUGUGAAGAAGCAAAUUUAACUUAAUCACAACGUGGAGAACCUGGGACAUUUCAUUUUUAAGCACUUUUUUACGAAAGGAACAUUACUUCCUUCCUGGUGUGUAAAUAAGUGGCAGUGCCUCUGCAUUGGUAUUCUGUCACUAGUCACGGCUCCCAGGUACGUCAGCCUUGUGUUGUCAAGGUAAGAACAAACUGUGUUGUAAAUGUGGGAGUCUGUGUCUGACAGCGCUCAAGACGCCUCUUGGAUCAUGUGUCAGUCUUCAGAGCCGUUUGCAGACUGUUGGCACCUAUAGAAGGAUGAGACUAUGGCCUAAUUUUAAUUGGAUUUUGGGUUGAUGUAGAUGAUCUCUAGACAAUAUUGAGAAUUUUAAUCGAAGUUCCUAUGUCUGUGUGUCAAACCAAGCAUAUGAACCUGUUUCAUGUGAAUAGUGUUCUGAGGGUGGAUUUAGUAUUACAAGGAGUAAGUUAAAAUCCUGGGCUGCCACAUCAGUGUAGUUGGUUCCUGGUUUUGGUUAGGUUUUGAUCUAUAACGAUGUUCACAGCAUGAUUGCCCAAGGGUGAGCUCAGGUUUGUUUUCUUACUGGUGAGUCAGCUGCAUGGAAAGGGUGUAUCUUAACAGGAAACAUGUACAGGUGAAAUUUUACAUGAAGGAAAUGGAAAAGAAGUUUUUUCACCUACAUGUAGAAUGUGGGGGACAGCUAGCAUGGUUUUGCCUUUUUCAUCUUCCUUGCAAUACUGUGUGUCUUUGAGGCAGGGAUGAAGACAGAUCCAAAACCAAAAGUGAAAUGUGUCAACUGAACUUAACUGCAGGAAGUGUCAGACUUGUUUCUGAGUGUGAGCACUGCAGACACUUUUUGUUUUCAUGCCAGUUUCUAUUCAAAAUAAACUCUUCUCAUCAUAAGUGUA